UUGGGACAAGAUAACACUAGAGAGCAGCAGAGCAGCACUGAACACACAUAAUUUAACACUUACUUCCUCACAGCUGUUGGCUAAAAUAUGUUGGUUCUCUUAUAGUUAUGCCUCAUAACUGAAAAAACAAGAACUUAAUUAAUGCCACUAAAAAGAUUAUUUUCUAUUCUCUUAGAUUUAAAAGGUCCAGUUCAUCCCUCUCCUUGACACAGACUGGCAGUUGUAAACAAAUGCCUCUCCCAAGUGCCUAUUGUUGCUUUAUGUUGACAGACUGAAUGAAUAUUUAACAGGACGAAGGAAAGUGGUAGGCAUCAGAUAACUAAGAAAACAACACUCUCCCCAUCAUGUGACCUGACCAUCAAUGGUCUAAUUGCAGACCACUGGAGCUCGCUUCUUUUGAUUGGCUGCCUAUUUCUUUUGCUGUCCAAAUGAGCUUUGGAAAAAAGGGAAGAAAAACAAACCAGGUUUGGUCUACAGGUUCCUACACUUAAAUCUAGGCUGUGGGCUGUUUUUUUAAAGGUUUUAUAGACUAAUGUGAUGUCUCAGAUGCUUUUCAUGAAAUGUUAGUGGUCAGCACCAUGGACAGUGAUCUGAAGCUCAUCCAGGUGAUCAGUGCAAUGCAGAUGGAAAUCAGAAAGCUGGAGCUGGAGAACAUGGGCCUGAAGAGGAGGCCUGCUACUCAUCUCCGAAAGAAUGCAACACUUCCCAUUAUAACAGAGAAGAGUAAAGGUAGAUGAAAUACACAAAUUAUGCUUGCCUAUUGUACCUAUAAUGAUGGGAAAUGCUGACACAGCUACAGUUGCAUGUACCAUUCAAUAUGAUUUCAUCCGAGUAAUGUGGCACCACUUUUAACUUAAAAUUAAACAAUGCAUUUAAGUAUGGAAUAAUUACAAUGGCUAUUUUAACAUGUUGAAUAGAGUGACAAUGUGUGAAAAUAUGAGUUGGCAUGACUCAUUUUCUUAAGUGUAAUCAAAUUAAUUUCAUCUUUAUAUUCAGGACAAUUAAAGUCAAUUUUCUUAAAUAAUCGAUCAAUAUAAACAUAUAAAAACUGUUUAUCAUGUGAAAAAAAUUUUGAGCAUUUCUCUUUUAAAUCCAAUAUAUCUAAACUGUCGACUUUAUGAACAUGAAUAUCUAUUUUGUAUGAAUUUCCUUUAUCUUAUCAAAACUUUUACUUUAAAUUGAUUAUUCUAAAAUCUACUCAAUUAGCCUCUAUUACGUGUCACUUUGGUGCUGUAUUACAUUUCUUGCAGUUUACAGGCUAAAAUGAGCACUUCGAAUGAGGAACUAGCCAAUAAUGCAUAAUGAUUGGUAAUCCAAAAAUACGACUGUUAGACUGUAUAUUGAGAGAAUGCAGAACGAAAUAAAGACUUUUGUGACUUUACUGAAGGGGAGAGUGGGGUAAGAUGAGCCAUUUUUCAUAUUUCGGAUCACUACAUCAAGGCAAUCAUAGUUUUGUCUCUAACUAGUGUAUCUGCAUAUAUUUCAAGAUGUCGUGUAUCCCUGCAAAACAAGAGAAUGUGUGUAAACAUAACUGUCACGAUAGUAUAACAUGCCAAAGAAAGGUCUCCUAUGGUCAACUUACCCCGUGUAUGGGGUAAGCUCCUUGACAAUAGGAGCGGGGUAAGGUGAGCCGUAUCCCUACUACCCCCCCACUCUCCACCCCAGCCCUCCCUCACCUUCUCUCUCCCUAAAUAACAGUCACUUCUUCGCAUUCAUGUGUAUUUUUAUCUAUUAUACACUAUUCCACUGGUACAAUAAUUAUUUUUAUUAUUAUUACAUAUAACUGCUAAAAAGCUGUUUUGUAAAAAGCCAUUUUAAAAUGAGAAUGUCUUUAAGUGACUAUGAACAUUCACAGCUGUAUUUUUGAAAAGAAAAAGUAAAACAUUUCAACAAUCUGAACUGAAACUCUGAUCCUCUCAUCAGACGUCUUUACUUUCUCAGUUGAGCUACUGGCUCAACUUACCCCAGAACUACUACCAUGACUUUAUUAGUCCUCUGAGCUAAAAUGGUGGACUUUUAUGCUAGGUUUUUGACCUCAUGUUGUAGCUCAUAGAUACCACAAUUGAUGUAUAAAACAGAUUUAAAUGAUCUUUUUUUUUGGUCUGAACACAAUUAUAAUCAAACUUAUGACAGACUAAAUUCACUUUCAAGAGUGAAAAAUGUUUUUUUGGAAUAAAUGUCUAACCCCUUCACCCAUGUGCUUCUAACCCUCACAGACUCCAUGAAUCGAUGCCAAUCUCCUAAAUACUUGGUCACAUGAUCAAUUUCUUUUACCAUUUCCAAGCAACAGGGGGUGGCUCAACUUACCCUUUGGCUCAACUUACCCCACUCUCCCCUACUCCAAUCCUAUUGGAGUAGCUAGUUUUAUUGUCCGAUGUUUUGCCAUUAAAUCCAUGUUUGUGUAAGCUUUUCAGUGUGAAGACUCACCAGCUGGUUGUGCCAUUUUCUGUCUCUAACUCAGAGAGCGUCGUCAUGACAGUGAGAAGAUACCCAGUCUACCAGCUGUUGGUCAGCCAUGUGGACUUGCAGUUGGACAACGACCGAAGUCAACGUUGGACUGGGAAAAAGUACAAACAGAAAUUAGAAUGAUAUGCAAAGACUGCACCCUGUAGCAAAGACUUUUGGACAUAUAGACAUAGAGUGGCCAUGUAAAGUGUAUUCUGCUAAUAAAAAAAAGUCUAACAGUUCUUACCCACCACAACACCCCGAAGGCAAACACGGGGUAAGCUUGUGUUUCCAAACGGUCACGAUAUGAAAUAAAUAUCUUGCCCCGGUACAUUCUUGAUAUAUUUUGGAUGGAGAAGGCUCUAUAAAGUCUACAGCGCAUAACUAUUUGUAAAAUAUUUAACUUACAAAUAUCAAAUGUCAUGUAACUGCCAUGAUUUGAGCGGGCAGAUUACAAUCAACCUGUGGAAUGCACCUGUCAGUACGACUUUAAUCUCGCGAGACUUUAGCGUUGCGCAGUGUUGAACUGCCGUCCGCCAUCACUGCAUACAAGCUAACAUUAGCUACAAACCACUGAGAGGAGAGCGAGUGACAACAACACAACAGACACACACACGCCGACCUAUUUCCUAAUAGGGAGGUCACUGAGUUUCCCUGCCGCUUUUCUGGCAUUGAAAGCAACCUAGCAGCUGCCUUUCAUGUAGUCUUUAAGUCAACUUAGAAACGAAAGUCGUUCUACCUAAACAUGUCCAACCUCAAAGGCGGCACCAAGAAGGACACCAAGAUGAGGAUACGAGCCUUUCCUGUAAGUCUUUACCGGCUCUGUGAGCUCCGAGACGCUGACUGUGAGACUCGAGUACCGGGGAGGAGAGCUGUCUAUGCUAGCAAGUGCAUGCUAGCUAGCUGGCCAAACAAGAAAAACAUGUCAUUGCCAUGCAAACAAAACAAGCAGUCAGCGGUUCAAAUGCUCUGAAAACAUGUUUCAUGCUAUAUCUGUUGAGUUAACGAUAGCUAGCUGCUUGAUUUAAAAACAAAAGCUACCGUCGUUUGACAGGAGCUAAUGUUAGCAUAGGUGCAGAAAGUUCUUUAAUGACACACUAGUAAAUUGUAGCUAUCAAUGUAGCAGCAGGCCUGGUAAUGUUAGCUGACCCUGCUAAGUUGCAGUCAGUCCGAAACUAUCAUUACACUUGGGCAACAGCAGGCUCAUUUGGCUGAUUGCACCAAACAGUUGGCGCAGGCUGCUGUGGGCUGGAAUAAACACAUUAGCAUGUACAUUCAGAGCUGCUGUAACUUCAGCCUAAACAUGAGCGUAAACAAGCCACUGGUUACUUAAACAGUGAGCAUUAUUGUGUCGUCAACUCAGCAAUCCACCAAAGCUGCUAGUUGAACACAGUACAUAAAAAAAACAGGACUGGGUUGAAAUGCAUUUAGUCCCAGAGAGUUAUUUGAGCUAAUCCCACUCAUGAGCAUUAUUGCCAUUUUGAGAGAUAUGCACUCUCCUCACUCCGUCCAGCCCAGGGCAUCUUUGGCACUCAAAUGCAACCUAAUGCAACAGCUCUCCUAAGCCUGGGGGAUUUGGCAAAAAAAAAAAGAUCACAAUUUAUUUUGUUGUAUCGUCCGAUCUCGAUUAUUAUCAGGAUUUUUCUUUAAACUGCCAGUUUUUAAGCAUCUGUACUAAAAACUAAAGAAACUAGAGAUUAGUUCAAUAUUUUAUUAACAUACAAAGUAAAUAACAAAGAAUAAGACACACUUAGACAAAUUUAAAAAACCUUUUUAACUCAACAGGACAACAAAUGUAGAUACAUUCUAAAUAAUACAGUGAACUACUUUACAGUCCUGAGUGUUUUUGCAGGUAUGCAAGACCCAAAAUAAACAAAUUGUUUCCUCGGGGAUAAUGAAGACGCCUUAAAAUGUAAACAUUAGAUGAUGUAAAUGUAAAUGAUAAGACUGAUUGCUUUGGUCUGGUAAUUGCACCGCUAGUUGUAGCUGACCUGCUAACGUUACUUGUGCCAUCAGCAGUGACAGGCUGUACAGACUCCGCCCACAUUUUCAUGCUUUUCGCAUAAUCACUCAGGAAGAGCUUCAAAUGAUUAAACAGAUUUGUUGUGUUGCCGGUUUUUGAGGCACUGACCGGUGACAUACCUUACCUCGGCUUAAUUACUUAACGUCACUUUGGAAAUACCCAAACCACGGCACCGCCACACAAUCGACGUUGAAUAACUUCUCAACAAUAACAUCUUCGGAGGAUGACUCAAAGUCACGGCUGACAUCUAUUUUGCUGCCCUCAGCUCUGCGUUUAGCUCCACGAUCAGUCAUUCUGUUUACUUCUCCUGUUUACUUCUCCGACAACUUACAGAAGUGAGCAGGGAAAGCUUGACUCCAAUUGGCUGUUGUGACACACAUUUCCGCAAUGUUUGAUCGAGUAAAUAUGCUCACAGCUGAUCACUAUGAUCAAACUAAAAUUUAUCGACUAGAUCAAAUAAUCGCACAGUCCUAAGCUCUCCUACAAAUUCUACCUUUAUGAGGCUUUUGCAUGAUCAGACAGGCAGUCACUGUUCUGUGACUUAAUUGCUGAAGUUGUUGUGGGUGUUGUACUGGAAUGCGCUUCCCUUUAAUUUUGCCUCCACUUUUUUAAAAGUUUUGUUAUAUCAGGACACUGCAUAUUUAUCUAAAUUUAUGUCACAAUUAUGAGGGUGGAAGCGACACCUGAUAAUAUACAUUGCAAAAAAACUAGAUGUAACCUUACAGUACGGUUAUAUUUGUUUAUGAGGAGGACAGAAUAUGAGGAGUAUCUUUCAGAAUAACAUAUUCCAGUUUACCACCACUACCCAAAGUAUUGUAGUCACCUGCCUGAUCAUGUCAAUAAAAACUGAAAAUUAAGACAUUUCCUGAAAGUAGAUUGUAUGGACUGUUGUAUUAGAUGGUCAAGGUUUUUAUCUGGUGUAAAUUCUUAAGCCCCGGUGAUAUCUGUCAUUUUUUUGUGUAGAUUAACAGUGAAAAAAACGAACAAACGCCUUUUCUACCCUUGGUUGUCUUGUUUUUGUGAGUGGGUGUCUGGCACAGUGAGUCAGCAAGCAGACGAGUGAGCGCACACUUAAUCCUUUCUCAAAUGUUGAGUUUGCAUGCUAGUGCAAGCCCAGCCCGCUAGUCAACAAUAAAUCUACUAUGAGGUGGUUUUACAUACCUGUUGCAGGUAUUAAAAUUGUUCAACCCCACCGCCUCUUUUGUAAUUCUUGCCAUGGAUAAAUACUGUGAUCUAUAAACAGAUCAACUGUCAAGCGAAGGUUACAUUUUAUUUUACCAAAUCCUUCUCUAUCAUAACUUCUUUAUCUAAAUGUGUGACAUUGAUAAGCAUAAUGAUACACUGACCCUCUGAUAUAAAGUAGUAAAUCUUUUCAGUUUUCAUGAGGCGUGUGUUGUUAAUGUAAAGAAACAAGACAAAAAUGGGUUGGUAAGGUGUGAAACUGAAUGCUUUCUUCUGUUUGGUAAUCACUUUGGCUGGUGCAGUUAUAUUAGUUUAGUAUUGAUUAUGACUAAUGCUUUCAUGAAUGAGAGUAGAUGAUAUUGCGAAUUCUUUUUUUUUGACAGAAAGCUAAUGUAAUCUCCUUUUACCUAAUCCCUGUUAACUCUGAGAAUAAUUAUAUUACUUUCUGUUCAGCUUUAAGGUUCGAUUUGGGAGAAAUUUGAUCAUAAAUGUAAACAGUGGUUUUAAAUCCUGUUUCGAUCUUCAUUCAUUAAAGACCUUUUCUCCUGUUACACUAUCUCCAUCUUCAAGAUUGUUGAGCUUUUCAUGUUGUGUCUCUUAAAAAGACUGCACAGCGUUCAUGUGCUCAGGUUUUUAGCACCAUUUGUAAUGCAUGUUUUGUUUUCUGUUUAACGUAGACUGCCAAGAUAUCUCACACACACACACUGCCGAAUCUCUGUGAUUCCUGUUUCUUGGAUAGUACAUGAUGCUGUCAGCCCACUUGUUUCUUUUUUGUUACCUCUCUUUCUCUUCAAACUGCAGCGACUAAACCAAAGCAAAUUCACUCUGAAACUUAAUGAUGCCCUCUCCAGCUACAUCUACACUUACUGCUAAUUCAAUUGAUAUCUCAGAGUUCCUUUUAUGAUGCCUGAUUGAGAAAAAUUGUGUUAGAAGUGGAUCUAUUUGAUGCUGUAUAACUACUUCAGUUAAAAUGAUUGAUUUUGUUACGCCACAUUGCUUUUGCGUGAUUCAAAAAGUUAUUUGAUGGCAGCCAGAGUCAUCUAGGGAUCCUAUCUACUUUUUGCAGGGUAAAUAAAUGGAGAAAAAUGCAUCAGAAAUAUGGCUUAUUGCUUGUCUGGCAAAGCCAUUUAACAUGUUUCCAUAGGGAAGCAUCAAUGUAUAGAUUGAUUAUCAGUAUCACCCUGUUUCAACAAACAACAGCCAGUUGUUGCAGGCUGUGCAGGCCUCAGAUGUUGUGUAGGUUGAAGGCUUAGUCCUCUGAAGGAUGCAGCCUCUGAAUUUUUAUUCUCAACAUUAGUAUCAAUGUUGCCCCUGGUUUUACAAACAGUGCAUCCCCUAGUAUUCAGAAUUACUGAAUAGCGAAAAGCUUUUGCUCAAUUUUUGUUUGAUUUGGUCAAAGGUUUUUUGGCUCGUUUUUUUUCUUCUGUCUUUAUACUGAUACAGACUAGAGUGUUGGCUAAUAAGAGAUACCAACAAUGCGAGUGUUUAUUUAAAAAAAGGUCAUAUUGUUAAAGGGAAAAACUCUAAGGGUAACACUCUCUUACACUGCAUACUGACUGGCACACUUACCAAUAACUGAAACCACAUUCUGGGCGACACUGACAAUUUUUUUCCAAACAUUUUAGGUCUGCUAGAAAGCUGCAAUAUCAACUUAUCUCACCUAACACACUUUUUUUUCUCCCCCUCUUAGAUGACAAUGGAUGAGAAGUAUGUUAACAACAUCUGGGACCUUCUAAAAAAUGCCAUCCAAGAAAUCCAGAGGAAGAACAACAGUGGGUUAAGCUUUGAGGAGCUGUACAGGAAUGCCUACACCAUGGUGCUCCAUAAACAUGGGGAGAAACUGUACACAGGCCUGAGGGAGGUCGUCACAGAGCAUCUCAUUAACAAAGUAAGAAACGCUUCCUCUAAAAUGCAGCUCUCUCUUGAAAAUCAUAAACAGAGGACGCUGAGGCGGAGUCAUACCACUGCUGAGUAAAGAAAUGAGAUGCCAAAUUUUAAAAUUUAUGAUAUUGAAUGUUCGCUGUUGCUGGUCGUUUAACUAAAACCAUACAGGGUUACUUCUUUGUGGCAGUCAAGUAUGUGUGGGGAACCCUAAGUUGAAUUCCAUUACUAUGGCAUACUUGAUGACCUGUUGACAUCCUCCAAAGUGACAUAAUUAUCCUGCUCCAAUGCAUGGUAACUGUCAAGCUUGAUUUUAAUAUUUGUCAAAGUCUGUAGCUUUAACACACACAAAAGUUAAGUCCCAUUAAGUGUGUUUUGAGACAUUAUCCCACAAUGUGAAAAACCAUGAAUAUUUACCUGGAAGCAAAAGGUGCUGGCCUGGCUCUCCCUGUGGUAUAUUAAGGCACUUCAAAUCAAAAUAAGAUAUAUCUCUGAGACGGAUCUCAACCACUCUGUGGGAGAAAUUCAUUCAACCUCUGUAUCUUAAUGUAGUCACUUUCAUUUGCCAAUAACCCCAUGAUGACCAUAGGUGAGAGAUAUGUUUUAAAUUGGUGACUACUUUUAAAGCUCAGUGUUUGAUUCCUUUUCCACUAAAGUUUCUAAGAGGCACUCCACUCUCAUUUUACACAACAUUGGUUUUUGCAACAUUUAAUCCACAAUGAACUCUUCUGUGCCACCCAUGUUUUUCCUAUGUGUAAAGUGCAAGCUUCGCUAAGCCAUGCUAGGUUUAAACUCCUUUUCAACACUGAAAUGCAUUGACAGAAAAACAUGAGUCCAAGGGGAAAGUCUUGGAUUUGGACUUGUUGUUCAAAAUACGGGCUCACAUUUACUCUAUUGGUAAUGAAUAAGAUUAGCUAUAUCAAGUAGAUCAGGAUUAAAACACAAAGAGAUAAAGUAAUUUCUGAGAUACUCGGUUUACAGGCAGCUAUGAGGUCUUUUGUGUAGUUUCAUAUGUUUCCAUCUGAGUCAGUGGUCUCACUGUUUGAUCUGAUUAUUUGAUCAGGAUGCAUCACAAUGCUGUAUAGUAAUCUAGACCUCUACAGGUACGUGUAGGAGCUACAAGGAGUUUACUAACCCUCAAAUAACUACAGAUUAAAUGAGAAUGGGAUAAACUCGUCAUCGAUAUUACUUCAUUUUUUCUUUACAGUACACAUCAACCAUUGAUGUCAUAGUUUAUUGCUUGUUGUGUCUGACCAAGUAGGCUCAAUAUUCAUGGAUUGUCAUAUAUGAAAAAUAUUACAAAGAGUAGACGGCGGUGUUUAUUGUAGGUUGUUUUCCACUGCUCAAAUCACCAUAAACCCAUACUGCAUCAACAUUUCUCCCCUUAAAGGUUUUGAUCUUCUCAUUAGCCUUUGCCUCCCCCAUCUCUGACACACACAGAAUUACACACGCCUGCACCGCCUUUCUGUUUUAGUCUCCCAUAACUAUAUAUAUUAAGCAAACAGGAAACAGUCAGAGCAUUUGUGUGUGGCUGUUACCAUGAACAGGAGCAGAAGAGCAGACUGAGUGUGUCCUGUCAUCGCAUAAAUAAUAAAUAUCAAGCCUGAUGUGGGCCAGAUCCAGCCCACAGAUGGUCAGCCAUGUCUAAGUCCUGAUUGUGCAAAAACUGCAAGUAAGUCGAUGUUGCGAAUAGUAAGCAGUGGUGUGUGGCACAGAGUCCAGUAGUAAGGGGAGUAAAUGUUUAAAUCACAGUGGUUUUGUUAUUAAAAGAUAUGACUGCUCUUAGCUUUUACUGCUUACAGAGUCUGUCUGCUACUCCUGUGCUGUCUGUUAGCUUCACAGUGAAGGCUAACACACACACAAAUAUAAUACACUGCACACACACAUGACGUAGGCUUGAAUCGAUUAUCUCUGUCGUUGCAUCGAUGCAGGAUCGCCCACGUCUGAUUGUGGUGCAUCAUAAAAAUGAUACAUUUCAACGUCUGUAUUCAUCAAUCGCAACCAUAAUUUAACCUCCAUCUCGCUGUAAUAUGUUCCUAUUUUCAGGUACGGGAAGACGUCCUAAACUCUCUCAAUAACAAUUUUCUGCAAACGCUGAAUCAAGCUUGGAAUGACCAUCAAACUGCAAUGGUCAUGAUCAGAGACAUCCUCAUGUACAUGGUAGGUGGACGUUGACGUUGUGUUGGUUAUUUUUUUGUUUGAGAAAGAUCAAAGGUUAAGGAUUUCUACAAAAGCCUCUGUAAGUGGAGAAUGUUGCUUGUUAUUUGCCACAAAUAUAUUUUUUUGAGGAAUGAGUCUCUGUUUCAAAUUCUGACCCACCCUCAUGUACAUCCUUUUCUGGGCUUUGAUUGCAAGGUGGUGUUUUUUGUUUGUAGGCCUAACAAUGAGCUCCUGUUGCUGCAUUUGUUUGUUUUGUUGAAAAACUGGCAGGUCUAGUUGAUUUCCUUUAGCCAGCAGCAAGUCGAAAGUGUUUUUUUGGUUUGUGAGUGAGCCUUUGAGAUGACCACAAGCGUAGGCUUUAACAAUGGCACAGUCAGAACAGAGCCGAGGCAGCUCUCCUGAGGUUUUUUUUGUAGUAUCCUCUCUGUUUUCCUGUCCGAGCUGUACCCCAGGCAGUCGGCUUUCUGUCAUAAUAAUCAUAGCAUUACACUUCUGUGUAAUGAGUGUGGCCUGCUGCUGGUGUCAGCUGCUGCUGACCUCUAAAGGAGAGCCACAGAGUUGCAGCAAGUGUGAGUCUGUGUAGCUUAUCAGGUUGUAUUAACCUUGUUGAAGGCCUCUGCCUUACUUGAAGUCUUGGAGAUGUUGCUCAUUGGUCCAGGAGAGAAAUCAUGAUUGCAAACAUCCUUACAGUUUUCUUCAAUUUAACUGACUCUGACGCACUUUUGUAUUUUCUCUUAGAUAUAGUCUAACCUCAGUAAGCUAAGUAAAAGGAAGAGGCUUAAGGGAGUCAAAUUUUAUGAGCACAAAAACAUGACAUCAGAAAUCUGACCAAGUGAUGUCUGUUUAAACCAAACUGAAAAUUAAUAGCAAUGACAUUUACAACAUGGACCCAGACGGAUUCUUUGAAGUUUUGUGGUCUAGUUGAAACUAACUAAUGGGGCUAUUUGUCAUUCUGGACUAAAACUGGCUGUUUUUCAAGUCUUUUCAAGUCUAUUUCAUGCUACCCAAACAUCUACCAGUCUUUCAUUACAAGACUAAUGGCCCAAUAAGGCUUUGAAACCAGUUGGUUGGACUGCACAUAAUAUUAUUAAGGGUUUCUGACUUAUCCAGCUCCUAGAAAAAGUAUCACAGGAGAUGUCAGGGAUAUUUUUCUUUUUUUUUUUUUUUCUUUUUGUGUAUGGUUGACAUAGAACAUGACAAUCCUAAUCUGUAAUGCAAAGGGAGGGAGGAUGAACACUGUUCACACUGUUAGUUGUAAACUACUGUAUUGAGUAGUUUUAACUGCCUUGUCAUGGUUUCUGAAAUUUCUCGUACUUGAGUUGGUUUGUCCUUUUUUUUUGAUCCUGCUCUCAUCUCCCAGGACCGGGUCUAUGUGCAACAAAACAAUGUGGAGAAUGUGUACAACCUCGGGCUCAUCAUAUUCAGGGACCAGGUGGUGCGCUACGGCUGCAUCCGAGACCACCUGCGACAGACGUUACUGGACAUGAUCGCCCGUGAGAGGAAGGGAGAGGUGGUAGACAGGUACGCAGGAGCAAGUCUUCACCAAGUGAUGUGAAAUAUUUCUGUAACUAAAGGCCUACUUCCAGGUGUUUGGUAAAAAUGAGCAUUCUGGUGACUUUAUUACUCAUUUUUGUUUUGAAAGAUAUUCCAUGUUUUUGUCUGUUUUUGCAGGGGAGCAAUCAGAAAUGCCUGCCAGAUGCUGAUGAUCCUGGGCCUGGACGGCAGGUCUGUGUAUGAGGAGGAUUUCGAGGGCCCUUUCUUAGAUAUGUCAGCAGAAUUCUUCCAGGUAAGUCAGUAGUAUUCUAGUAGUAGUGUUGCACUUAAGCAUCUUUGGGAUAAAGCAACACAUGGACAAUAUCUGUAAUCUUCCUAGAUGGAGAGCCAAAAGUUCCUAGCAGAAAACAGUGCCAGCGUCUACAUAAAGAAAGUAGAGGCCAGAAUCAACGAGGAGAUUGAGCGAGUUAUGCAUUGCCUGGACAAAUCCACUGAAGAGCCCAUUGUCAAAGUGGUGGAGAGAGAGCUGAUUUCUAAACACAUGAAGACCAUAGUGGAGAUGGAGAACUCUGGCCUUGUUCAUAUGCUUAAAAAUGGCAAGACAGAAGGUAACAGACUUGUCCUCAUGAUUCUUCCUUUUUCAGUCAACUCUGAAGGGAUGGAUUUUCCUUAAAGUUUGAAUUUGUCCCUCUUUCCUUUUCCCGCCUUGUCUUUCUCCCAGACCUGGCCUGCAUGUACAAGCUGUUCAGUCGCGUGCCAAAUGGCCUUAAAACCAUGUGCGAGUGUAUGAGCUCUUACCUUAGGGAGCAAGGCAAAGCUCUGGUGUCAGAAGAGGGGGAGGGAAAGAACCCUGUCGACUAUAUCCAGGUAUGCUGGUUGAACAAUGACUCAAACAUCCAAGGGAAUUUCUUAGGACUUUCACACCUUAAGAGUCAAGUGUGUUAAUGCAUACUAUUGAUGGAUUAUACAACCCUUUUGUAUUGCCUCCUAACAGGGCCUGCUGGACCUGAAAACACGAUUUGAUCGUUUCCUCCUCGAGUCCUUCAACAACGACAGACUCUUCAAACAAACCAUAGCUGGAGACUUUGAGUAUUUCCUGAACCUCAACUCUCGCUCGCCAGAGUACCUCUCUCUAUUUAUUGAUGACAAACUAAAGAAGGGGGUCAAGGGGGUAAGCAGCCUUUUAACACUGAAAAUAUUCCUUUACUGUUCUCUGUUUGUCAAGUGCAGUGUCACAUCACUCUUCUUCUUUUUGCUGAUCAGCUGACAGAACAGGAGGUGGAGUCCAUCCUAGACAAGGCCAUGGUGUUGUUCAGAUUCAUGCAGGAGAAGGACGUGUUUGAAAGGUACUACAAGCAGCAUCUGGGCCGCAGACUGCUCAGCAACAAGAGCGUGUCAGACGACUCGGAGAAGAACAUGAUCUCUAAGCUCAAGGUAAAAAAAAGUAGGAUAGAGCUGGAUCCUGGUUAUCACUGCUCCCUGCACAUGCCUCCACCAGGGGGUUUACACUCUUUUUCCUCUGUUGUCCUCUUUCACAGACAGAAUGUGGCUGUCAGUUUACCUCAAAACUGGAAGGGAUGUUUCGAGACAUGAGCAUCUCAAACACUACAAUGGACGAGUUCCGGCAGCACAUACAAACCACAUCGGUAAGGCAGACACCCUUUCAGAAACGCAUAAAAUGUUAGAGAAGAGGCAAGUUUUGCUAAAUGAGGAACAUUUUUUUUAACAACCUUUGGUAACUUUCAUCAUAGGUGCAUUGUAGUCAUACAAAGUUUUGUGUGCUGGUUUGAAAGAACUUCUAAAAAACACGAACAUAUCUUUUACAGGCAUCUCUAAGUGGCGUGGACCUCACAGUAAGAGUCCUCACAACUGGCUACUGGCCCACACAGUCGGCAACACCUAAAUGCACCAUUCCACCUGCCCCCAGACACGCGUUUGAAGUUUUUAGAAGGUAACCUGUCAAACUAUCCGCCGCACAUACGAAGACUCGAUUUUUUACUCAUCUCAAUGGAUCUUAAACUUCGCUUUUACUCGGCAGGUUUUACCUCGCUAAGCACAGCGGCAGACAGCUCACACUGCAGCACCACAUGGGCGGGGCGGAUCUGAACGCAACUUUCUACGGGGCUAUCAAAAAGGUAGACUCAAAUGAUCUCAUGAAAUGCUUUUAACUGUAUAUGACACAAUUCAAGGUCUUAAGAAGAGAUUUUAACGUGAAGUCUUGAUAUACCUUCUCUUUUCCUUCAUGUGCAGGAGGACGGUUCAGAGGUGGGUGUGGGUGGUGCUCAGGUGACAGGCUCGAACACUCGGAAGCACAUCCUGCAGGUCUCCACCUUCCAGAUGACCAUCCUGAUGCUCUUCAAUAAUCGAGACAAGUGCACUUUUGAGGUGGGGACAAACUGUCAUCCAGCUAUCUUAAUCUCAUUCUGCUUUUAACUCCUGAGGGCUUUGACAUAGUUCACUGUGGCUCGACUCAAUAAUUCAAAGUGAUGAUUGAUUUUUCUCGAUAAUUGCGCUUAUCACGUCUCGUCUGCCCCCGUCUAUAGGAGAUCCAGCAGGAAACAGAUAUUCCUGAGAGGGAGUUAGUGCGGGCGCUGCAGUCUCUAGCCUGCGGCAAGCCAACGCAGAGAGUUCUCACCAAGGAGCCAAAGUCCAAGGAGAUCGAGAGCGGCCAUGUGUUUACAGUCAAUGAUCAGUUUACUUCCAAACUGCACAGAGUCAAAAUACAGACAGGUGGGCUGAGUUUGUUUACAACACAUAGAGUAACCAUAGAGAACUUGUGGUCUGGCUUACUCUGCGAUCUGAAACAUGAUUCUACAUACUUUUUUAUAUACUACAAGUCAUAAGGGUCAUACUAUCUCUAAAAUUUGAUCCUGUGUCAUCUCUUUAAACACAGAAUGGUUACUUUGUCAACAUUUACAGUUUUAAAAACAUACCAAAGUUUUGGUAAAAUACCCAGAUCUCUUGUCUCAAAACUGUAUUUUUCUUUUUGUUAGAGAUUACCUUGAGAUUAUUUUUACAUUUUUAUCUUCUCCCUACAACUUUUUCUCCCAGUUGCUGCUAAACAAGGGGAAUCAGACCCUGAAAGGAAAGAGACACGGCAGAAAGUGGAUGAUGACAGGAAGCAUGAAAUCGAAGCGGCUAUUGUCAGAAUCAUGAAGUCAAGAAAGAAGAUGCAGCACAAUGUCCUGGUGGCAGAGGUAAGAAUUCACAUAAUAGGAAUAACUUAGGGUAAUAAGUUUUGUUGUUGUAGUUUUCGAGUGUCUGAGCUCCAUAUUUUCAGGCUUGAAUAUCUAUUAUAUGUUCAACAGAGAAAUCUAAUUUAAAGGCUGUUUUCUCAUAUUCAUGACUUUGUGUCUUCAGGUGACCCAGCAGCUUCGGGCGCGUUUUCUUCCCAGCCCUGUGGUCAUCAAGAAACGUAUAGAAGGACUAAUAGAAAGAGAAUACUUGGCAAGGACGCCAGAAGAUCGUAAAGUGUACACCUAUGUUGCGUAGAAUGGACUGUGGAGAAGAGGAGGAAGAGACUGGUCUGGGAGGAUUUGUUUGUUUUCUUUGGACUGUUGUUACGCAUGGACUGGAAGUUUCUUUUAAAGACAAACGCUGGGAACCUGAUUCAUCGUCCCUAACAAAAACACAGUAAACACACGUAAACGGGGAAUGAAAUGUUGGCGCAGACAAAAAAAAAAAAAAAAGAAUCAUGUAGAUGAUUUUAAAAUCAGGCCCAGUCUUCCUAUUCCCUGAGAGUUUUGGAUGGCUCCAGCUUCAAGCUUUUCACUGUUUUACCCUUGUAGAGAUCAAACUUGCAAAGAAUCCCUUGGGAAAAAUGUGAAUGCACCACAUUAUUUUUUUGUUUCAAUACUGUAUAAAAACAAUAAAAUUAUUAAAAACAGAAACUGUGGAUUGUUACAAAACAAAAAUAAAAGUAAUGAGUAUUGAUGCUCUGUAGUUUUUCACACUA